AUGGUUUACCUGCACAACGUGCAGCGGGUCAAAGUUUGUGGUGACCUGACGGUUCACAUGAGAAGAUCUCACACAGCGGCCGCAGCCUUCCUCCUCCCUGAGGUGUGCUUCCGCUUUGCGGUCCAUGUGGGAGCACAGAUUAAAGCACUUUCGUACUCGGAUCAGUCCGCCUGCGGACUGGACAGAAGGCCCUGUACCGAAAUGGUCGGGUCCGAGUAUGUGUACCUUUACACCCCUAGAGUUAGUAUAAAUGCUUUUGUUUGUGUUCCUCCAGAUGUUCCACAGCAACAUGUCUGUAAGGAGGAGGAGGAGGUUUUGGUCGACCAGCAGCUCUGUAAUCAGGAGAGGAACUCCAGUCCAGACCAAGAGGAGCCAGAGCCUCCACAGAUUGAAGAGGAGCAGGAGGAACACUGCAGCAGUCAGGAGGGAGAGCAGCUCGUACUGAAGGAGACUGACACAUCCAUGUUGACUCUUACUCAUGAGGAGAGAGACCACAGUGAAGCACAACUACUAAAUGAACAUCAGCCCAUUUCUAACAGCUCUCAUGAUGCUGAAGAUCAAGAUCCCACAGGAAGUGAGCACAUCAACAAGGGACUAACUUCUGCUGAAGACAAAUUUGUAGUUUCAAAAAAUACUAACGUCGCGUAUGAGGGAGGGAUCGAUUGGAAGAGCAGACUGCUGGAUAUCGUUUGGAAACCUCACAUCUACCUAAACAGAAUAGAUGUUCCACAGCAACAUGUCUGUAAGGAGGAGGAGGAGGUUCUGGUCAACCAGCAGCUCUGUAAUCAGGAGAGGAACUCCAGUCCAGACCAAGAGGAGCCAGAGCCUCCACAGAUUAAAGAGGAGCAGGAGGAACACUGCAGCAGUCAGGAGGGAGAGCAGCUCGUACUGAAGGAGACUGACACAUCCAUGUUGACUCUUACUCAUGAGGAGAGAGACCACAGUGAAGCACAACUACUAAAUGAACAUCAGCCCAUUUCUAACAGCUCUCAUGAUGCUGAAGAUCAAGAUCCAGAAGGAAGCGAGCUCGGAGACUCAGAAUCAACUAGAAAAUCAGAACCAAAGAAAAAACUUCCCAAAAGAAGAAGUAAGAACACUAAAACAUCAGAAACUGACUGUAAUCUUCACCAGGGGGAAAAGUCUUUUAAAUAUGACACAUGCGGCAAAUCUUUUAAGAUAAAGUCAGGAUUACAAAACCAUCUUAGUGUCCACAGGGCUAAAGCGAUGCAUACUUGCAAUACUUGUGGGAAAAUAUGCAGUUCAAAAUCAGUGCUGAUAAUUCAUAAAAGAACUCACACAGGUGAGAGGCCUUACUCCUGCAGCAUCUGUGAUAAAAGAUUCAUCUGCCAGAGGACAUUGAAUCGUCACAACACAAUUCAUAAAGGUGAAAAGCUGUUUACCUGCACAACAUGCAGCAAAUCAUUCAGAAGAAAAUGUCAUUUAACAAGCCACAUGACAACGCACACAGGUGAGAAGCCGUUUACCUGCACAACAUGUGGGAAAAAAUUCACUCAGAAACGGUCGUUAGGUUCACACAUUCACAUUCACACAGGUGAGGGGCUGUUGUUUACCUGCACAACAUGCAACAAAGCUUUCAGAAAAAAAAGUCAUUUAACAGACCACAUUAGAAUACACACAGGUGAGAAGCCGUUUACCUGCACAACAUGCAGCAAAUCAUUCAGAUUAAAACGUAAUUUAACAAUCCACAUUAGAACACACACAGGUGAGAAGCCGUUUACCUGCACGACAUGCAGCAAAUCAUUCAGAUUCAAACGUAAUUUAACAAUCCACAUUAGAACACACACAGGUGAGAAGCCCUAUUCAUGCAAAACAUGUAAGAAAAAAUUCACUCAGAAAUCGUCCUUAAACUCACACAUUCACAUUCACACAGGUGAGAGGCUGUUAACCUGAAAAGAUUAGAUUUACGAUGCCGGCAAUUUAGAAUCGUCACAUUCGCUCUCAUACAGGUGAAAAGGAGUACACCUGUGGCACCUGUGGGUCAUCAUUCAGCAGGAGAAGUUAUUUGAAUAAUCACAUUGAACAAAUUAAUUCAAGUAAAAAGCCGUUUUUCUGCACAACAUGCAGCAAACCUUUCACAUUCAACAGUACUUUGACAACCCACAUGAAAAUACAGACAGGUGAGAGGCCUUUCUCCUGUAGCAUCUGCAAUAUAAGUUUCAUUCGCAAAUCAGUAUUGAAUUGGCACUACUCGAUUCAUGAAGGGGAACAGCUGUUUACCUGCACAACAUGCAACAAGUCUUUCAGAUUUAAAAGUAAUUUAACAGGACACAUGAGAACACACACAGGGGAGAAGCCUUACUCCUGAAGCACCUGUGGGAAAGGAUUUGCGCUGCAGUCAACUUUGACUCGUCACAUUCACUCUCAUACAGGUGAAAAGCCAUCCACUUGUGGUACAUGUGGAAAGUCGUCUAGAUAAGCACAUAGAAAUUCAUGAAGGUUAAAAUGGUUUACCUGCACAACGUGCAGCGGGUCAAAGUUUGUGGUGACCUGACGGUUCACAUGAGAAGAUCUCACACAGGUGAGAUGCCGUACCUUUGUAAGUUCUGGAAAGAUUCUUUGAUUCUUUUUUUUGAUCAGAUGAAACCACAUGCAGAUAAGAAGUUAUGAGUAUGCAGAUGUGAUUUGGUUCAAGUGAUGGCUCUGAAUCAACACUGAGGAUUUCUGUUCAUCAGACCUGCAGAUGCCCAUGACUGACAAUCAAUAAAUUGCACAUUGUAACUUUUGAUGUAAGUUGCCUAAUCACAGUUUAGCUUAUUUUAAGAAAAGUUACCGAGUUAACCCUUGUUUUUAAAGUACCGCUUCUUUUGAUUUAGAAGAUUUAUUUUUGGGGCGUUUAGCUUUUAUUUGAAAGGACAGUGUAUUGAGUAGGAAACCCAGUCAUCACAGAGUGGUGAUUGACAUUCAUGAAAGGAGCCACAGGUCUGACCCUCACCCAGGACACCCACUUGGAGUAUUAUAUCACCCAUACAUUUGGCACCCUGCAUUGUAUUGUUUUUAAUUGUAAAGAAAUAUAAAUCAAUAAAAUCAUUACACAAUCAA